AUGUCUAACCUGCUGCUCUCCUGGGAACUGCUGCAGGCCCUGUACACAAGGCAUGUGUCCUCCUCCAUGUGCCCCUACGUGACAGUCAGAGGGAAACCUGCCACUGCUUUCAGCAAGAACCCACAGAUGCACGUGGAUUUCCACACUGGAACUGAUGAGAAGUUAGACACCACUUAUUUCCAAGUGUACUUUGGCCAAUGUGUGGUGAGGAACAGCCAUCAGAAUAGGGGCUGGAAAUGUGAGAAGAAAUCCUCCUAUAUGCCCUUUGUGGAUGGCAAACCAUUUGACCUGCACAUCUUGGUGCUGCAAAGAGUACCAGGUGUAAUGAUAAAUGGCUAACACUAUUAUAGUUUUGCUCAUCGACUCCAGCCAGGAUCUGUGAAGAUGGUGCAGGUGUGGAGAGAUGUUUCCCUGACCUCGGUGUGUGUCUGCUAGAGAGAGAUCGGACUCCCCAUCUUCAGAGAUCCCUCCAUCUGAGUGACUGUGUGAUUUCCAGAACUUGUUAGCAAAAUGGUUCUUUCUCAUCCUUCCCCCACACUUAG